CCCCCCAUCUCGCGUCCCGUGCACGGCCCCGCACGUACUGGGGCAAACUGGCGGUUGUGGAUUUCUUUUCUCUCAUUUGUUGAUCGGACAAUUUCGACCCCUUAUCUCCUCUCAUCAUGGCAGGUAGCUAGCACAGCAUGAUCCACUUUUUUCACUCGCAGGUGGUGCCUGAGGUUGCAGGUCCCACUAGUACUGCUACGUAUGAGGCUUCCAAGUGGUAGCCACUGUUGAUGCACGCACAGUUGCAAGUUGUGCCACAAGGAAAUAUUGAGGCUCCUCCUCAGUCACCCACACCCAAUCUAUUCUCAUUUGGAGGGGUCUCCCCUCCCUCAGCUACUAAACGUCAGCAACAGCAGCCCCCUGCUGGCGACCAAGUAGUUCCCCAGUCUCCUGGGCCAGGAAGUGAUGAUGUUUCUAACAGCACACUGUAUGACCUGUCCAUGGACUGGCCCUACAAUUGAACUACUGGACCCUAUAUCAAACUUUUCCAGUGUGAGCACUAUCUCCCUUGAUUUUUGUUAAUCACUUGUUUUCAUCUAUUAUUAACUUGUGUUUGCAUUAUUCAACUCAACAAUAUUUUGUAACCACACCCUGUGAUCAAAAAAGGGGGCAUUUUCAAGAGUAUAAUGAUAGCAAAAG